GGAGCGAUUGGGGGUCCGUGUCUCAGGUGAGUGCGCGUGUGCCCGGUAAAGGUGGCCCUGCGCGCUUGCCGUCUGCCGUUUCCGGUUCACGCCCGGCGGCUACUCAGCUGCAGAACGUGUGCGCGGCUCGGCGCGGGCUCGCUGAGGAGCUCGGCCUGGCGGACGGAGCGGGCGGCGACUCUGGGAGGACGGCAGCGCGCUGGAACAGCCCCGCGCCCUGGCCAGGCUCUUAGUGCAUCCAAGAUCCUGAGCUACCAGGUGCCUGGCCACUCCCGCCCAGAGCUCUGCCUUGGCUGAGCUGGUCACCGCUGUGUGUCCCGGGCUGCCGGCCUGUCAUCUGCAGUGCACAGUGGCUGCUUCGGGUGAUGAUGGCUGUGUGGGUGCCCACCAUGGCCCACCGGAAGUGUGAGUGUGGGGAGCAGCAUGUUGGACCACAGGGUGAGGCCAGGCCCUGUCUCCCAUGGCCAGGAGCGAGGACGUGGAGCUGCCCUAGGAGGGCUGUGUGCCCGAGGGCCAGGAGCUGGCUGCCCUGUGGCCAGAGAUCUUCAUGCCCAAGGAACAGGAGUGCUGCUACCAUAGCCGCGAUGGGGACUCCAGCUCCUACUAUGUGAAUAACACCUCUGAAGAGGAAGACUGCGACAAGAGCUUGCCUGAGGAAGAGGGCAUCACCUAUAUAUCUGCUACUGCCGCGAGGAUGACAGCUACCUGGAGGGCAUGGACUACAACUGGGAGGAGUACCUGGCCCACGGCAUGCACCCUGUGGACACUGAUGAGUUCCAGGAGGCGGUGGAGGAGUGGGUGGAGGGCAGACUGGGCAGACCUGCACCUUUACUGCCAUGGGGCAGAGGGAAGCCAGGAUUACUCGGACGGCCACCUGCCCAUCCUGGAGGAUGAGCCCUCUGUCCUGGAGGCCCAUGACCAGGAAGAAGAUGGCCACUACUGUCCCAGCAAACAGGGCUACCGGGAUUGCUACCCCAUGGAGGCCAAUGGGAGCCCCAGUGCCUCCCUCUACCACCUGAGGUGUGGGGAUGGGGACCUGGAGGACCAGGAGGAGGACAUCAACCAGAUCAUGGCCGAGAUCAACAUGAACCUGAGCAUGACCAGCAUCACUGGCACCAGUAAGGCCAGGGAUUCUGCAGAGGCUGGCCUGCCUGCCCGCCCAACAAGGCCAGCUGCAGCCCCAGGAGGCACAAAACGAGGCCCAAGUCACUGAACCUCCCUCCUGAGACAAAGCACUGUAGAGACCCCCAGAGAGGCUUCAAGCCCAAGAUCAGGACCCCAGAGGAGAGGCUGAAGUGGCCCCAUAA